CCCGUUUACGACACUGCCCCCUCCCGUCCCGCCUCCUUUGCGACAGAGGCGGCGGUGCUUGGUGGCUCGGCGGGCCGCGCUCCCGGCGGUUGCCAGGGCGCUUUACGGCCCGGCGAUGGCGGAGGGAGAGCGGGCGGAGAGCGGCGGCGGCCCCGGCCCCGGGCGGCCCCCGAGCCCGGCCGAGGUGGAGCGGGCUGAGGCUCUCAAGACCCGCGCGAACGAAUUCUUCAAAGGGAAGGACUACGAGAACGCGGUGAAGUAUUACAGCAGCGCCAUCGAGCUGAACCCCACCAACGCCAUCUACUAUGGGAACCGGAGCUUGGCGUACCUGCGCACCGAGUGCUACGGCUACGCCCUGGCCGACGCCACGCGCGCCGUCGAGCUGGACAAGAAGUACGUCAAGGGUUACUACCGUCGCGCCGCCAGCAACAUGGCCCUGGGCAAGUUCAAGGCCGCCCUGCGAGACUACGAGACGGUGGUGAAGGUGAGACCCAAUGACAAGGACGCCAAGUUGAAGUACCAGGAGUGUCACAAGAUCGUCAAGCAGAAGGCCUUCGAGCGGGCCAUCGCCAGCGACGAGCACAAACGCUCCGUCGUCGACUCCCUCGACAUCGAGAGCAUGACCAUCGAGGAUGAGUACAGCGGCCCCAAGCUGGACGGCGGCAAGGUGACGUUGGCUUUCAUGAAGGACCUCAUGCAGUGGUACAAGGAGCAGAAGAAACUCCACAGAAAAUGUGCCUACCAGAUCCUGGUGCAGGUGAAGGAGGUGCUGGCCAAGCUCCCCACGUUGGUAGAAACGACGUUGAAAGAGACGGAGAAGGUGACGGUGUGCGGGGACACCCACGGGCAGUACUACGACCUGCUGAACAUCUUCGAGCUCAACGGCUUGCCCUCCGAAUCGAACCCUUACAUAUUCAACGGGGACUUUGUGGAUCGCGGGUCCUUCUCCGUCGAGGUCAUCCUCACGCUCUUCGGCUUCAAGCUCCUCUACCCCGAUCACUUCCACUUGCUCCGAGGGAACCACGAGACGGACAACAUGAACCAGAUUUACGGUUUCGAGGGGGAGGUGAAGGCCAAGUACACGGCGCAGAUGUUCGCCCUCUUCAGCGAAGUCUUCGAGUGGCUGCCGCUGGCCCAGUGCAUCAACGGCAAAGUGCUGAUCAUGCACGGGGGGCUCUUCAGCGAGGACGGCGUCACCCUCGACGACAUCCGGAAGAUCGAGAGGAACCGACAACCCCCGGACUCAGGUCCCAUGUGUGACCUCCUCUGGUCCGACCCGCAGCCCCAGAACGGUCGUUCCGUCAGCAAACGCGGGGUCAGCUGCCAGUUCGGCCCCGACGUCACCAAGAGUUUCUUGGAGCGCAACCGCCUCGAUUACAUCAUCCGCAGCCAUGAGGUCAAACCCGAGGGCUACGAGGUGGCCCACGACGGCAAAUGCGUCACCGUCUUCUCCGCCCCCAACUACUGCGACCAGAUGGGCAAUAAGGGCUCCUACAUCCACCUGCGAGGCAGCGACCUGCGCCCCGACUUCCACCAGUUCACAGCAGUGCCUCACCCCAACGUCAAGCCCAUGAUGUACGCCAACACCCUGCUGCAGCUGGGCAUGAUGUGACCCCCCCGGGGUGCUGCCCCCCCCCUGCACCCCACUUCCCUCCCCCCCCCCCAGGGGGGGUUUUAAUAUAUUGGAAGAUUGUAUUUAUUCCCCUCCCCCCCCUCCCCAGUGCUCCCAGUUUGCCCCAGUUGGGGCAGGAGCUUGGGCAGCACCAUGGGGGGGGGCAGUGGGGGGCGGGGGGGGGAUUUUUUUGGGGGGGUGUGGGGGUGUGUGGGGGUGUCUCCCCCCCCCCCCCCUCUGCUGGCAUCCCCCCCCCCGGGGGGGGGCUGCCCCUUGUUGCCCCUCCCCCAACAAGCAAUAGGUGCAUGGAGAUGGGGGGAAGGGGGGGGGGUUUGGGGGGGGAGGGGGUGGUGUGCUCAGGAUUUGGGGGGGCUCCCCCCCCCCCCAGGCCAUGCCCCCCCCCCCCCCUUCCCCCCCCCCCCCCGGCCGGGCGAUUUUACCGUCUGUAAUUAAUGAUGUUAAAAUAAAGUAAUUAUUGUAAA